ACAAUAAUAACAGCCAUUGCACAGCACACCCACUCCUGCCCACCUGUCUUCUCCAAUUUCUAAACUCUGUUUUUUAAUUAUUUCAAUCUUUUUUUAAAUUUUAACUGUUCAAUUAAAACACAUUAAAGCCCAAUUCAGAAUUUUUUUUGUUGUUUGCUGUUGUUGUUGUGGGGUGUUUUUUGUCUUCGAUGAGGCUUCGAAUACGAUCAUCAGAGUAGGGUAGUGUAGUGGGGGUGGUUGAAAAAGAUUAAAAGAAAAGGUGAAAAGGCUGUAAAAAGAGAUGGCGAUUCUUUACGCAGUUGUGGCUCGGGGGACGGUGGUCCUGUCGGAGUUCAGCGCCGUCACGGGGAACACCGGCGCCGUGGCUCGCCGGAUCCUGGAGAAGCUUCCCGCUCACGACGAUUCCAGGCUCUGCUUCUCUCAGGAUCGCUUCAUCUUCCACAUACUCAGAUCCGACGGCCUCACCUUCCUCUGCAUGGCAAACGAUACCUUUGGCAGGAGAAUACCAUUCUCUUACUUGGAAGAUAUUCAUAUGAGAUUCAUGAAAAAUUAUGGGAGAGUUGCCCAUUAUGCACCUGCUUAUGCAAUGAAUGAUGAAUUUUCAAGGGUCUUGCAUCAGCAAAUGGAAUUUUUUUCUAGCAACCCAAGCGCAGAUACUCUCAAUCGUGUGAGAGGAGAAGUUUCUGAGAUGCGAACCAUAAUGGUGGAGAACAUAGAGAAAAUAUUGGAGAGGGGUGACCGGAUUGAGCUUCUUGUUGAUAAAACUGCAACAAUGCAAGACGGUGCAUUUCACUUCAGGAAACAGUCCAAACGUCUACGUCGAGCUCUUUGGAUGAAAAAUGCCAAGCUUUUGGCCUUGCUCACGUGCCUGAUUGUUCUGCUGCUGUACAUAAUUAUUGCUGCUUGUUGUGGAGGCAUUACACUACCUUCCUGCAGAUCAUGAUUGGCUAUUGUGGUGGUGUAAAAUUAUCUGCCAAACUAUGCACCGUGACCUUUGAGGUGACCCCUGUCAGUCUAUGCUGGUUGAAUUCAGGUUGCUUGGUUGUUCCAAUUUUGAGGUGUACAUCGAAGUAUAAUAUCUAUACUUGUCCCCUGUUCCAAAAAUAUUGCUGUAGAUUCUGCUGUUGUGUUUGUAUUUUGAAUGAAUAACAAAAGUCUUUCUCUUCCAAAGUCUGAUGAGUUGCCCUUACAGAUAUUAGAUUUAAUAUUUGUAUCCUUUGGAAACGAGGGGAUGUUAUGUUAGUAUAUUAUAGUUUAUGAAAUCUCAGUUCAAGUUC